GACUGAAGAAACCCCCAAACCUCACUAACCUCCAACUUUUGUCUACAGUAGAAAACAAGCUUCCGACAAAUUUCCACAUGACCCCCUGAUUUUUUUAUUUUUUUAUUCUGGUUAAUGGGUUCAUAUUCAUUUGUCUCCGUUCCUACAAAGUUCAAGUUUUCUCACUGAUCUGCUCUUCUUCCUCUUCCUCGCUUUCUCUGUAACUGCCACAUUCAACUGAUACUUCCAUGACUUGUGGACGAAAAUGCAGUCCAAUCCCUUCCCCUCUUCAGUCGCCGAUGUUGCUUCCAGAGCCCGCUUCGCCAUUUCUUUCCUCCAAUAUUCAUAGCCUUGGUCAAAUCCAUCUUCUUCGAGUCGUGAUGGCCGCCAUAGCUUCCAUACUUGGCAUGCUUCUCCUUCUUUUCGUGGUGCUCAAAUUUUUGGCAAGGUACUGUGCGAGGAGAUAUUACAAUAGGAGAAGUAACUCACCGAUAUUGUUUGAUAUUCGCGGAGAUUCUUCGUUUUCCGAUGAUGAUGGAGCUCCAGUUAUGCAUCCGAUCUGGUUCAUCAACACCGUGGGUCUCCAGCAAUCUGUCAUAGAUUCAAUCGCAGUCUUCAAAUACAGAAAAGACGAUGGAUUAGUGGAAGGAACAGAGUGUUCUGUAUGUUUAGGCGAAUUUCAAGAAGAUGAGAGCCUCCGACUCUUACCCAAGUGCAGUCACGCUUUUCACGUUCAAUGCAUCGAUACGUGGUUGAGAUCGCGUAAGAAUUGCCCCUUGUGUCGUGCUCCUAUAGUUCGCGAAACUUCCGGAAGAGAGAUAAGCGCCGUGAUUGCGCCUGAACACAACGUCGCCAGCGAGAUCCAUGCAGAGAAUUUGGAUGGUUCUGGUGGGGUAGACGGUUCUCCUGUCGGAGAAGGCGAGAGCAGUCAAUUGAGCCCUGAAGAUGAUGAUUCUGGAAUUGUGCCUGCUGAAGAUGAACAAGAUGGUGAAGUUUCAGAUAAAAAUUUGGGUCCUUCAGACAAGAUGAUGAAUUGCCACAAUGAGAGGGUGAGCAGGUCAGUUUCAGCACAUUCUUAUCCUUCUACCUUUGAAGCAUCAACUCAGGAGCUUAAUUCGUAUUCUCUACGCUCCUUUUAAACACGACAUGGAGUUUUAAAGAUUGGACUCCUAAAUCAUUAAUCAUGGCCGAGUCUAAGGCAGAAUUCUGAGCACAGAGCCAGAGCUCAGCUCUUACUCCUCUGUUAAAGUAGUGGUAUGUAUUGCUGAUUCAUCCACAGAAUCUCUGAAAAUCUGGGUCUUACCAGAAAGCACAAUUGGUGGUUGGUCUUUCAAGAUGCAUGGAACUGCAUAAAAAAGUAGUUGGGUGAAUGUUAGUUUGUCCAACUUUUCCAGGUAGCUAUACAAAUUUAUGGCAAAUUACUGCUAUUUAUUUGUCUAUAUGUCUGUCUGUCUCUGUAUUCCCUUAAGAACUCAGAAGAGAUGUGUUUCAAUUUUGCUUCAUAUUCUUAGAAGAGUCAAGAGACAGCCAUUAUAUAGUAGAAAAGAAAAUGCGGUAAUUGCAGAAUAUAUUUCUGUUCCCGUCUUCCCAGUUUAUAGGCCAACUUGAUAGGAUGUCGCAAUCUA